AUGUCGGAGUCGGAGAGUGAUGAGGUGGUGGUGAGUGAGUCCAGCGACAACGAGUGCGACGACGACGACAGUCUCGACGAGGAUUAUGGCGGCGACAACAGUUGCGACGAGGGGGGGGACAAUGACGGCGACGACGACGGCGAUUGGAACGAGCAGGAGGGCAGCUCGAGCGCAGAGGAGGGGGCAGGGGGCCGGAGGAAGCAGGGCAACGGCAAGGCGGCGACCAAAUCAGCGGCGACCAAAGCAGCGGCGACGAAAACAGCGGCAGCGAAACGCGUGCAGCGAGGAGCGAGCGGCGUGAGGAGCGUUGGGCGGCGAGCGAGGGAGGCGAAGAGUGAGGGGAGUGGCGACGAGGAGCCGUCAGUGGCUGCCAUGAAGGCUGCCAACGUGGCUGCCGUCCUCAGGGGCGACGUGGAGGUGUGCAGGAGGGCGCUGUUGCCGCGCAUGCUGUCAGUCUCACAGGACGCGGCUGUGCUGCGCCGCCCCUUCAAGUCGCCGUGCCCUGGUGCCACCACCAACGCCUCCCCCGAGCUGCUCCGCCGCCUCGCUGCAUGCCGCCGCUUCGUGGCGUGGGGAGGGGGCGUGCACCGCCGACCCCUGGUCAUGGCGCCCGCGGGGGACCAGGGCGAGGGUCAGGACGCGGAGGACGGCGAGGCAGAGAAAGGCGAGGAGGAGGCGCAGGCAGUUGCGGCAGCGGAGGCGGGGUACGAGCCACUGGUGCUGUGGGUGCCGGAGGAGGACCCGUUCCACGCGUGUGAGCAGUCUCAGCCCAUCGCCGUCGACCCCAUCCUCGCCAAGUGCCUCCGCGCCCACCAGCGGGAGGGAGUGGCGUUCAUGUUUGAGUGUGUGGCGGGGCUCAAGGACUUCCACCAGCAGGGCGAUGACGACCCAGGCUGCUAUGGCUGCAUCCUCGCCGAUGACAUGGGGCUGGGCAAGACGCUGCAGUCGAUAGCGCUGCUGUGGACGCUGCUGAAGCAGGGCUUCCAGGGGCCCAAGGGGCCGCCGCUCGUGCGGCGAGCGCUCAUAGUCACGCCCACGAGCCUCGUCAGCAACUGGGCGGCGGAGCUCGACAAGUGGCUGGGCGGGCGCGUGCUGAUAGUGUCGUACGAGACGUUCCGCCUGCACGCCACGGCGUUCCAGCACGAGGGGGCGUGCGACCUGGUCAUCUGCGAUGAGGCGCACCGCCUCAAGAACGACCGCACCCUCACCACGCAGAACGAUCUGGAGGAGUUCUACGCCAUGGUGUCCUUCACCAACCCGGGCGUGCUCAGCAACGCCGCCCACUUCCGACGCCACUUCCAGGCGCCCAUCCUGGCGGGGAGGGAGCCGCACGCAUCGGAGGAGGAGAGGGCGCUGGGGGCAGAGCGAUCUGCGGAGCUCAGCGACCGCGUCAACCAGUUCAUUCUACGCCGCACCAACGCGCUCCUCUCCAACCACCUGCCUCCCAAGGUGUGCUCCUCCGUCCUGCCACCCCCGUUGGGCUUAUCACCCACCUUGCACCUCACAUCCACCACCUCUUUCUACACCUCUUUCUACCUGCACGUCUCUCCUAAUCUCUCCUGCGGGUGUAUAGUGGAGAUAGUGUGUUGUCGCAUGACAGACCUGCAGCGCCAGCUGUACGAGCGAUUCAUGCACUCCAAGAAUGUGCGCACGGCACUGGAGGAUGGGAAGAAGGCGCGGGCGCUGGCGUCCAUCACGGCGCUCAAGAAGCUCUGCAACCACCCCAAGGUGCGCGGGUUUGGGGGGGCAAUUAUUCCAAGCCCCACGUGUCACCUCGUCCCUCUCAUGCUGCCCACUCCUCCACUAAUCAAUCAUGUGCAUGGCGGGUGCAUGGGGGCUGGGUUGGGCGUGCGUGCAUGCAUGGCGAGCAGCUGCUGUACGACUCCAUCAGGGCAGGAGGGGCGGAGGCAGCUGGCUUUGAGGACGCUCUCCCGCUCUUCCCACCUGAAAUGUUCAAUGGGAGGUGCGUACCUAGGGGCAUCACAGGUUGCAAUGCUAUGCUGGUUGGGAAGAGGCCCCUCACUCACAUCCACCCAUGCUUGCGUCAUCCCUGUCACAAUCACUCUCAAUGCCUCUCCCCCAUCCCCUCCACCCAUCGUUCGCGCUGCACCGCCUCUUGCACCGUGUGGUAGCAGGAGCGGCACAUGGACGGGGGGCGGUGGCACGUGGGUGCAGCUGUCGGGCAAGAUGGUGGUGCUGGCACGGCUGCUGGCGCACCUGCGCACGCACACCACGGACCGCAUCGUGCUCGUCUCCAACUACACGCAGGUGCGUGCUCCCACCACCUCCACGCCACUGUUGUUGCCCCUUGAAACCGCCAUGCUCGCAGCCCUGCCGGCCACCAACCCGCCUGCACGCCACGUCCGCCCUUGCCCCCUCUGCUGCCCUCACUCUUCCCCCUCCAUUUUCUCCGGGCGGCAGACGUUGGACCUAUUUGCGCAGCUGUGCCGGGAGCAUGGGUACCCCUUCAUGCGGCUGGAUGGAGGCACCUCGGUGGGCAAGCGGCAGAAGCUCGUGCAGCAGUUUAACGACCCCCACGCCGUGAGUGCAGCAGUUCAACGACCCCCACGCCGUGAGUGCAGCAGUUUUCUCACAUCCCUGCUGCACUUCUCACAUCCCUGCUGCUCUUCUCACAUCCCUGCUGCUCUUCUCACAUCCCUGCUGCUCUUCUCACAUCCCUGCUGCUCUUCUCACAUCCCUGCUGCGCUCCUCACUCACAUGCUCCUCACAUUUGACGAGUUUGUGUUUCUGCUGAGCAGCAAGGCGGGGGGGUGUGGGCUGAACCUCAUAGGCGGCAACCGACUCGUGCUCUUCGACCCCGACUGGAACCCCGCCAACGACAAGCAGGCGGCGGCGCGCGUGUGGAGGGAUGGGCAGAAGAAGCGCGUGUUUGUGUACCGCUUCCUGGCAGCGGGGACCAUCGAGGAGAAGGUGUUUCAGAGGCAGAUGGCGAAGGAGGGGCUGCAGCAAGUAGUGGAUAGCGAGAAGCAGAGCGAGGGGCGCGCCCAGGUGAACCUGCUGUCAGCGGAGGAGCUGAGGGACCUCUUCAUGCUGCGCUCCUCCACCCUGUCCGACACGCAUGACUCGCUGGGGUGCCAGCGCUGCCCCUCACGCCCCUCGCUGCAUGCAGCCGGCAGGGGAGGCUGCCACGUGGGGGGACAGCAUAAGGGCGGGCAAGGUGUGGGAAGGGAGGGCGCAGGUGGUGGUGGGAAGGGGGCGAAGAUGGAGAGGCGAGGGGGAGGGUCUCUAGAGGAGCUGGCAGCUGCGGCUGCUGGGGAGGGCGAGGGAGCGGGACAAGGAGAGGGAGGAGGAGUAAGAGGAGGGGAGGAGGGGGGGGAUAGGGAGGAGGGGUCAAGUGGAGUGGAGAGUGGGGGCAGGGAGAAGGCAGAGGCAGAGGGGAGCGAUGAGGAGGAUGUGCAGGCGGGGCGGGCGAGCAGUGGCGGUGGGAAAGGGGAGGGCGAGAGUGACAUUGGGGGCUUUGCGGAGGUGGCAGGGGUGGCGGGGAAACUGAAGGAGUGGGAGAAGCAGGUGGGUAACCCAUUGGAGGAGCAGCUUGACCAGUGGGCGCAUCACAGCCGUCCAUCCGCAACUAUCCCUGACACGGCAUUACAGAAGGCAGCCUGUCUCGAUGUGACGUUUGUCUUCUCCUGCCAGAUCCGCGGCAUGCUCGCCCCCAUCGACUCCGCCCCGCCUCCCUCCACCCGCCCCUCUCACCGCCCCCUCUCUCGCUUGCCCACCCGCCUGCCGCUCCGCCCUGCUGCUGCGGUGGGUGCUGGGAUGGCAGCAGCAGGAAGAUUGGGGGGAGGGGCACUGGGGGGCCGGGGAAGAUUCGGCAUGAGGGGCCAAGGGUGGGCAGUAGGAGCGAGGCAAUUAGGGGGCCAGCCAAAAGUCUGUGCAGAGAUGGGAGGAGUGGUGGGGAGAAGAAGAGGAAGCAGUGAAGGGAGGAGAGGAGUGGGUUAUUAUGCAGGUGAGGCAGGUGUGGAGUUGAAGGAGCAGGCCCCAGAAAUGCAUCCAUUGAUUUGGAGCGCCAAAAGCGGGCCAUUCUUCGUCCCCACCAGGCCCAUCCUGCUGGUGCACGCCCCGCCCUACUGCUUCUCUGGCUCGCUGCUCGCCACUUCCCUUGCUCGUCACCACACGAUCAUGCGACUAAUAUCACAAACGUCACAGUCGCUGCAAAGCGGCGUGCGACCCGACCUCUCCAGGGACUCCGUCGCUGGAACUACCCAUCGCCAGUCGCCGUCGUGCCUCGCCGCCCUCCGCCCUCUCUCCUCCAACCUCUCCCUUACCGAUCAUCGCCCGCAGCGCGCCAAUGCUCGCCUCGUUCCCGCGGCGCAGCUGGCCCAUCACGUGUCUCCCGCGGACGCGGCAACCCAUCGCGCGCGCUGCUCGCGGGGACCAGUCGAUGCGGGCGCGGGCGAGCUCGGCGCUGGCGCCUUCACUGCUGGCGCUGGGGGCUUCAGAAGUCGGUGUUGGCCUUUCAUUGCGCCGUGCAGAGCGGCGGAUCUAAAUGGCGCCUUGUGCGCUGAGCGCGGGAGCGCGGCGUUGCGCCAAGCCUGCACCCGCGGUCGGCCCCGCACACGGCGGCCUCACUCCCACCGCCUCCGCGUGCAGGCGGUGGCGGUGGAGCGAAGAGCGCCAGCCGCGGGGGCGACUGAUAGCGGGCUGCAUUGGCCGUUGGCGGGAGGGAGGAGCGGAGGAUUGGGAUCGGGUGCAGGACGGAGCGGACGACGAGACGGCGGCGUGAGCAGCGGGCGGAGCGGAAAGCGCAGGGAGCGAUUGCCGUUCCUGUCGCCGCCUCGAGACGACGACGCUAGGGCUGGCGACAAUGCCGACCUUCGCAAACAGAUCGUUCAGUCAGCGCCGCGUGCGACAGUGGACGAGUUGGCGUCGGCUUCCCAGGUGAGCGCGCGGGUGAUAGGGGUUUUGGGAUCUAGCAAUGUUCGCGCAUCCUCACCUUCACGACACUCGUUCCCUCCCCUCGUCGUCUCUCUCUCCCAUCUUUCCCCCCAAUCGCCCCGCUUUCCCCCACCAUCCCACCUGCCUAACCCGGCGCGGGCGCAGAUGGCGCGGCUGUCCGCGCUGGUGUACCACCGCGACCCCACGCCGCACGUGAGCGCCUUGGGAUUGACGCUGCGCGCGUGCCAGCAGACGCCCUUCACGGCGUACAUGGUCGUCGACUCGCCGCCGUGCCCGCGCGAGGGCGGGCGCACGCGCUACGUGAUAGCGCGCGGCGUGGCGGUGGACCGCAGCGAGGUGGACGUGGGGCGGCUGUGGCGGCAGCUGCUGCAGGUGCGCCCCGUGCACCUGGAGCGCGCGCUGACGCCGCCGGGCGUGGAGCUGCUGGUGCAUGGCGGCGUGCACGCCAUCGCGGAGGACGUGUACCGCGGCGUGCUGCCGCUGCUCGCCGCCGACAUGCGCCGCGAGGGCAUCACCCACCUGCGCUUCGGAGGGCACUCGCUGGGCGGGUCGCUGGCGCUGCUGCUGAUGCUCAUGUUCCACCUGCGCGCGCCCAACACGCGCGCAGACGCCUCCCCCCUACACCUCUCCGCGCACACCUUCGGUUCCUUCCCUGUCCUCGCGUCGCUCUCAUCCUCGCCCUCUCCCUCCGCCCCGCAAAGCCUCUCCCACCAGUUUGCCCAUGCGCCGAGCGACCUCUCCCGCCUCCUCGCCUCUGCACACGCGCACCCCUCCUCCCCCCUGCUGCACCGUGCUGCCGGCCGCCCUCCCACCGCUCACACCACCGCCUCAUGGCCUCACAUGGCUUCGCCCCAUCUGCAUGCCCCUCCCCCCGGCCUCCUCUCCUUCCCUCAUGCACCGCUGCUCCACCCCUCCUCGCCGUUCAGCAGCAGCAGCAGGGGUGCAGCGCGGUGCAGUGUGCUGGCGAGUCUGGGCCUACCAAGCGAGGCGGCGAGGGCGUUUGUGUUGGACCGCGACAUCAUCCCGCGCGCCUUCCUGCUCGCCCACCCCCUCUGCUCCGCCUUUGCCCGCACUCCCCUGCUGCGCUCGCUGCUGGGCCUGCACCCCUCCACCAGCGCCCCACCGCUCUCCACAGGACUGUCCUGGGACCCGAUGGCCUUCCAAGCAGUGGGCCUCGUGCACUACAUGCAGGCAACAGGGUCGGAGUCGAUGGUGGCGAGUCUGCCGCCAGCGCUGGCGGAGAAGGCGCUGGCGAUGGGCGUGGGGGAGCUGGUGCGCGACCCUCUCAUGCUGGCGCGCUCCAUCCGCGACCACUGCUUCAACCACUAUGUGCACUUCCUCGAGCUACGUGGUACACCACACGAGCACUCCCCUCAUGCCGCCUUCCUGUGCGCUGCUGCUCCCCUAUCUCUCUCCCGCCUCUCCCCGUUCGCGCAUCUGUCGCAGGACAGUGUCGCGCAAGACGGUGCCGUCGCAUGCUUGGAUGACGGCGAGCAGGCACCGCCUGGCAAGGCGGCGAUAUCGGCGGCCCGUGAUGGGCCUGCCGCGCCUGCUGUCGCCACGAAUAACGGGGCGGAGGCUCCACCUCGCGCGCUGUUCCAUCCGAUCAAGGUGGGCCGUCGGGGAUUCUUCAAUCACCCUUUGCUCACUCCUUUCGCCGAAUCGCGCACGUCGAUUCCCCGUUCACGUAUCAUGCCCCGCCCUGCCGUUCUGCCGACGUCAGCCCUCUCAUCUCUCCGUGCGCUCGUCGCGUCGCAGGUGGACGACAUGCACGCGGAGAUGGACCGCCUGCGACUCGAGCUGUGGGCGGCGCGCAUAGAGUGCAGCGAGUUAAGGGCUCAACUAGAGGUGCGUCAGGCAACGCUGCCGUGCCGUGCGGUGCAGUCCUUGGUUGGUCCCGCCGUGAUCAUCACGCCGGUGACUGCCUUUCGCCCUCCCGCCUCGCCCCUCCGCCCGUCCCUUGUAACCCUCUCCACCCCUCCUCCCCACCUGCCUGCGUCCCACCCCUCCGCGGCGCGGGGCGUGCAGGCGCGGUCGGAGCGCGCGCUGGAGGAGGAGCGCCUGGCCGGCGCGAGGAGCGCGCGGGAAGAGGCGCAGCGGCAGGUGGAGGAGGCGAGAGGCGAGGCGGCGGCGGCGAGGCGCGAGGCGGAGCGCGCGAGGCGGUACCACGAGGAGGAGGUGGCCGUGCUGCUCGGCGCGCACCGCGACAAGGAGGCGCUCUGGCAGCGCAAGGUUGCCGCAUGGGGAAAGUUAGUCGCAUGGGGAAAGGUAGCCGCAUGGGGAAAGGUUGCCGCAUGGGGAAAGGUAGCCGCAUGGGGAAAGGUUGCCGCAUGGGGAAAGGUUGCCGCAUGGGGAAAGGUUGCCGCAUGGGGAAAGGUUGCCGCAUGGGGAAAGGUUGCCGCUUGGGAAGGAAAGGUUGCCGCAUGGGGAAAGGUUGCCGCAUGGGGAAAGGUUGCCGCAUGGGGAAAGGUUGCCGCAUGGGGAAAGGUUGCCGCAUGGGGAAAGGUUGCCGCAUGGGGAAAGGUUGCCGCAUGGGGAAAGGUUGCCGCAUGGGAAGGUUGCCGCAUGGGGAAAGGUUGCCGCAUGGGGAAAGGUUGCCGCAUGGGGGGAAAGGGGGAGGAAUCCGCAGGGGGCAAGGUAGCAGAGCCCGUGCGUUGGAGGUGGAGUUGGAGCACGAGCUGCGCCACCUGCGCCACCGACUGGCCGACGCACGCAACGGUCAGCGCCUUCACCCUCACCUGCGCCAUGCCUUGCCUCCUCACCCGCCCACCACGCGCUAACCCCCCGUGCCCUCACGCUGCCACCACGCACCUGCCCUCCUUGACUGCUCAUCCCUCCCACGCCCGUUCUUCCCCCCUCCCCGCCCCCUCGCGCAUCAUACCUGCAGCGCUGUGUGUGGCGGAGGCGUGUGCGCAGGGCGCGCGGGAGGAGGGCAGCAGCGCCGUGGCUGUGCUGCGCGGGCAGCUGGCGGGGGCGCUGCGGGCGGCGGCGGAGCGGGAGAGGGAGCAGGAGGAGGCGAUGCAGCGAGUGGAUGGCGAGCUGGCGCGGCUGCAGGGGCAGGCGGACGCCGCCGCGCAUCGCGAGGAGCUGGCAGCGGCGCUGAUCGACCGCCUGCACGCCGACAACGAAGCGCUCCGAGGCGCGCUGCUCGCCGCCCAGGAGGGCGCGCAUGGCAGCACGGCGGCGGGCAGGGGGCGCGUGGAGCAGGAAUGCAGCAGAUUGCAGGCAGCAAAGGGGGAGGGUGGAGUUGUUGGUGAAGGGAAGUCAGUGCAGCGGGUUCCAGGAGGAGUGGUGCGGCGAGACGUGCUUCAAGCCAAGGAAUCUCAAGCCCCGCAUCCUGGCAGCGCUCGUGACGGCGGUGGUGGCGGUGGUGGUGCUGCAGAGGAUGCAGAGGAAGCAAGGUGUGCGCGUGACGAGCGGGGUGGAGCCAGUGGGGUGGGCGGUGGGCAGGCUGCAGCCGGUGCACGGGGGUCAAGGGGAGCAGGGGGCGCAGAGAUGCAGGCGGGCAGCAGGGAAUGGGGGGAGGGGGGUGCGCAUGGUGGUGCAUUUGAAGGGAGAGCGUGGCCGAGUGCGGUGGGCGGGGAAGAGCCUGAAGGUCCACCGGAGCAGUGGCAUCAGAGCGGUGGCAGUGAGCAGCGUGCUGCAGACGCUGGCAGCGCUUGCGGCGUGGAGGAGCGGCGUGGCGGCGAGUACGAGUCGGCGUUCACGCUGCCGGUGCCCCGGCAGGGUGCGUGGAGUCGCGCCAAGCAGGCAGUGGCGCAGUACUAUGGGGGAAGCGCGGGCGAGGAGGGCGAGCAGGAGCAGCGCGAGAGGGAGGUGGAGGAGGUGCUGGAGGAGAACGGGCGGCUGGAGGAGCUGGUGCGGGCGCUGCAGGCGCAGGUGGGAAAGGCACAGCGCGUGGUGGCAUGGCAGGGUCGGCUGCGGCAGCGCGUGCUGCAGCUGCGCGUGUGUCUGGAGCUGACGAGCAAGGUGGUGGACGUCAAGGACCGCGCCCUCGAACUCGCCGUGCACCGCGCCCGCGCCGCUGAGAACCGCUGCACCCACCUCGACCGCCGCCUGCACCUUCUGCUGCCCGCCGCGAGCUCUGCUGCCCCCGCUGCCCUGGUUGGCAGCUCCCAAGCUGCCAGGGGGGCAGAUGGCUGUGGGGACAUUGCAGGGACUGGGCUGCAGAGAAGGUGUGCAGUGGCGGAGAUUGAGGCUGUGGGCGGGGAUGCGGCAGAGGUGCAGCACGGAGGAGAGGCAGGUGCAGCGUCAAGGCAUGAGGAGGGGGGUGCCCAGGAGGAGGGCAGCCCGGAAGGCGCUGAGGAGGGGGCGGGCGCAGCAGUGGUGGAGGCGGGUGGUGAGCAGCGGGUGGUGGCAACGGUGUCCACUGGCAGCUCAGGGCGGGCCGGCAUGCGCCGCAGGAGCAGGAGCAGGAGCAGGGGGCGCAUGCAAGGCGGCAGUGAGGCGAGUGGAGAGGAAGAGGAGUGGCCGGCGGUGGGGCUGAAGGAGCUGCAGGCGAGGCGGGACGUGCUGCUGAUCGCCAUGCACGGGCUGAGAGAGCGCGCAGCACUGGCUGCGGAGAUGGGGCUGCGAGCGGCAGCGGUGAUGGGGCGGCAGGGCAAGGACAAGCGUGCAGAGGUGAGCGAGAUGCUGGCAGCGGUGGAGGGCGAGGCUGACGAGGCGCGUGUGCUGAUUGAACGCACAGAGAGGGUGGUGGCCCGCAUGGCAGCACUGGAGCGAAGGGGAAAGGUCCUGGAACGCAAGAUGGAGAGCAAGCGGGUCAAACUAGUCCAUUUGGAGAACAAGUUUCACCUGGCUCCCAAGCCAGUUGGUGUUAAGUUGACCUGCUUCUCGUGUGGGCUGAGAUUCAUAUAG